UUGAAGCUCGCCAAAGAAAACAUAUAUGGGUUCAUUAAUAAAAUAAAUGUAGAUGUAUAUUGUUGCAUGAGGUGCGUUUGGGAUUUUAAUCCUCGAAGUUUCAUGUAUAUGCUUUAUAGUUAGUAUAGAGUAUUAGAGUGCAUGAGUUACAAAUACUGGUUACUUGGUUUUUUAUUAGCUUAUUUUUUAGGUGGGAGGAAUAAAGACAUCGAGUCCAUUUUAAACUGCAAAAAUGUCACACAUAAACACUAUUAUCAUUUUUAAGAAGAUGCACAACAAUUUCGGAUUGUCGGGGAGAUAGGGCGCCUGGACCUAACGGAUUCACCUUGGAAUUCUACAAGAAAGGGUGGGAUAUCAUCAAGACUGACUUACUUAAAGCUUUUGAUCACUUCUUUCUCACAGGUGAAUUGCCUAACUCGGUGGCGCACUCAUUCAUUUGCCUGAUCCCAAAAAAGCCAUUUCGGAUUGUCGGGGAGAUAGGGCGCCUGGACCUGACGGAUUCACCUUGGAAUUCUACAAGAAAGGGUGGGAAAUCAUCAAGACCGACAUACUUAAAGCUUUUGAUCACUUCUUUCUCACAGGUGAAUUGCCUAACUCGGUGGCGCACUCAUUCAUUUGCUUGAUCCCCAAAAAGGAAGCGGUUGAAGAGGUGAAGGAUUUUAGGCCAAUUAGCCUUAUUGGAAGCCUUAAUAAAAUCAUUUGUAAGGUCUUGUUUGCCAGAUUAAGACCGCACUUGAGGUACUGGAUUUCUAUCUAUCAGUUUGCUGGUGUUAGGGGUAGACAGAGUCAUCAUGCUAGUUUUAUCGCCAAUGAAGUUAUUGACAGCAGAAGGAGGAGUGGUAAACCAGGACUCAUCCUAAAAUUGGAUAUUGAAAAGGCCUUUGACUCGGUUAAUUGGAACUGCCUGUUUAAAAUUAUUGAUUCCAUGGGUUUUAAUCACAGAUUUCAAAAAUGGAUCAAAGGUAUUGUCUCUCAUUCAAAGCUGUCGGUACUUGUGAACGGGGAAGAAACUGGUUUUUUUGGGAUGGAAAGGGGUUUGAAGCAAGUGGACUCAUUGUCCCCCUUUCUGUUCAAUCUGGUGAUGGACAUCCAUGAGUUUAUGUUGGAACAAGCAAACUCUGCAGGUCUUAUUUCAGGUUUCUGUAUGGAUGAGACGAGUCAGAGGGGUGAAGUGUCUCAUAUCUUAUAUGCUGAUGAUGCCAUCGUUUUUUGUGAUGCUACUGAGAGUGAAAUUAAGAACUUGCUUGCAGUCUUGUUAUGUUUUCAACAGGUAUCGGGACUGAGAAUUAAUCUUGAGAAGAGUAAUUUGUUUCCUGUUGGUGAGGUUCAACAGCUGGAGAGAUUGGCGGAUCUUCUCUGUUGCGAUUGGAAGUUCCUCCCAACAACAUACUUGGGACUUCCGUUGGGUGCAUCACCUGUUGCAAGCAGUAGUUGGAACCCGCUUAUUAAUAGGAUUCAACUGAGAUUGGAAGGCUGGAAGGGGAGUCUCUUGUCUUUUGGAGGCAGAAUUGUUCUCGCCAAAGCCUGCCUUGCUAGCUUUCUUACCUAUAUGUGUUCCUUUUUUCUUGCACCCCUUCAUGUGGUUAAGACUAUCGAAAGAAUUCAAUGCUCUUUCAUUUGGUCUGGGAAUAAUGAUCAAAAGAAAUUCCAUCUGGUUUCGUGGGAUCGUUGUAAAAGGCCGAGGGAGUUGGGAGGUUUGGGCAUUCAUGACUUGCACAGGCAUAACAUAGCACUUCUGUCUAAGUGGUGCUGGAAGUUUGCUAAGGAGGAGAGCUGGUGGAAGAGGUUGAUGAUCGCCAAGUAUCCUAAUGUUGAUUCCAAGUGGAGUCCUGGUAAGCCCUUUAACUCAGCUGGCUGCAGCCCUUGGAGUCAGAUAUACAAAUUGAAAGGCGAGUUCUGUAAGUAUGCUGUCAUUAGUCCCGGAAACACAGGAGAAGGAAUUUCCUUUUGGAAGGACCGAUGGAUCAGAGAAAUCACCCUUGCUGACUGCUUCCCUCGAGUUGUGGCUGCUGCUGAGAACCCUCGCACAAGACUUCUGAUAUCCUUUUAGAGUUAAUGAUAGUUUGUCCUUUGAUAUUCCACUUAAAUUUCAUUUGAGAGGUGGGGCGGAGAGAGAAAGAGAGAGCUUGUUUAAUCUAGUUGCAGGCCAAAGUUGUGUUUUUUCAGCAGGAGACGAUAGGAUUUCUUGGUUGCUGAACUCUGAGCAGAAUUUCUCCGUGCACAGUAUGUAUCGGCAACUCACCAAAGAGGCUUAUUCUGAUGUUUCAACAGGCUUGGAUGUUGGUGAUUUCCCCCAUAAGUUCAUUUGGCAGCCACAUAUACCGUCAAAAUUUGCUUGUUCGUGUGGUUGGAUUAUCAACGGAAACUCCUCACUCAAGAUGCACUCAAACGCAGAGGUUGGAACCUCCCUACCAGAUGUCCUCUUUGCUUGCUGAAUGAAGAAGACGUGGAUCACUUGUUCUUAUACUGCAGCUUCACUUCUCGCGUGUGGGAAGUCAUCAAGAGGUUCGUUCCAGUUCGUGGGAGUCACCUUCAGGGAGACGUUGCACAAGUUAUUAGAGGUUGGCCUUGUCAGAAGCCGCAAGAACCGAGAGAGUGGUGUACUAAGUCCCUGAUUCAUGUGCUGUUUUGGUGUGUGGAGAGAAAGGAAUUAUAGGAUUUUCGAGGACAGGCGGACCACACCACUCAUCAUUGCCCUCUCGGCUGGGAAGCUUAUUGCACAGUGGCUGGUAAGAUUGACAAACAAAUAGUUGAGGCUUGGCUUGAGAAUCUCAGAUCGGCCCUCACUGCUACUGGUCUUCCCAGGCCGUAAUCGGCGCUGCAAAGUUGCCGAGUUUGUUCACUGCCUGAUCAUGUGCUCCUUGCAGCAGGACUGGAUCAUGCUUGGAUCGUUUUCCCCUUUCUUUAGUUGCUGUUUUGUUAGUUGGUGUCCUGUUCCUCUUUGUCGUGCGAAUGUGCUUGCCGUGUUUGAUCCUUGGAUACCUGUUUGUUUGUGUUGGUGCUUACUAUGUUUUGGUUGGAACCCACUACUGUUGGCCGCCUGUCUGGCCUUGAAUCUUUCUGGUCUUUCUUUCUUUGUAACUUUCACUUUCUCUUUUACUAAUAAAUGAAUUACAUCAUUACCAAAAAAAAAAAAAAAGAAUAUGCACAACAAGCAUGGUUGUCAACCCGAUAUUGACCCGACCACCGAGCUGGUUCUGAUAGCAUUUUACAACUCAAGUUUUCAUGUAUAUGGUUUAUAGAUGAGCAUAGUGUAUUAGAGUGAAUGAGUUAGAGAUCCCUUGCUUAGAUUUUCACUGCUUAUUUAUGAGUUAAAGUGUAUAGAAGUGACACAUAAUAUACGAUAAACAUCCUUUUAAGAAUAUCUUACUACAAGUAUGGUUGUCAACCUUGUAUGGACUCAGUUGUUGAGCUGGUUCUGAUUGGACUCGUGAUCCUUAUCUGGUGCUAGGGAUCCAGUUUACUGAAAAUUAGGCUCGAUCAAAAAGGAAGAAUUGGCCAGUUUCAACGACCUCCAGGCCAAAUGCCAAACUCCAUAAUUUUUUGGUUUCAAACUUCCAAUUAGGAAAAAGAGUGAAAGAAAAGGGGAGACUGCAAUCUGCCACUCAUACAUCAUUGCUUUACAAAACAAAAUAAAACGUUGAAUCCGACCUAAGUCAGAGGGCCUUUGAUCAAUUAGAGAGUUUCUUCCGCACUUUGAUUCCCCAAAACGUAUAUGGAAACAGGAGAUCUUCCAGAAGAGUGUGAAUAGGAAUCCCGACAAAUAAAGCAGUUCUUUCUGCCUCAAAUGUAUUAUUUUGUUGUUGCUUCAUUUUCUACUAUUUUUUAAUACGGAUUGUAAGAACAUAAGAGGCGUAAAAAAAUAUGACAAGAGAAAAUGAGAGAUAAGGAUUUUUUUUGUUGCUAAAGUUGAUAUAUACAUUAUUAUUAAACUUUAAAAGAGGAA